UACUGCCUCUCCAUCUGUAGGACGGCGGGGUGUGUUAGAAUGAAUUUAGUAGAAAACUGGCAUAAUGUUUGUGUAUUCAUUUGUUUGCAGACGCCAUUGCAGCCACAGACGAGAUGCCUGCAAUGUGGAGAUGUGCUGGAGUGGUCAGAGGAACACAGCGUCCUCCUUGGCUGUUCGUGCUGCUCAACAGUGGAUGAAAGUAUAGAGAAAGUAGCUAGAAGCCUGGCCAGGCUGAAGAGAGACGAGAGUCACUGGGCAGAUGGAAGAGUGGGUGAGAUUGACUUCAUUGGCUCUAACAAAACAAAAGGGAAGUUUAUGAGAGUGUGCAGCAACACCGACCCAGUUCUGAUUUACAAGAUGCUGACAGAGGAAUGGGGUCUGUCUCCUCCACAUUUGGUGGUGGCAUUGGUGGGAGGAGAUGAAGUGGCUCAGAUGAAGCCCUGGCUCAGGGACACGCUGAGAAAAGGACUCGUGAAAGCUGCACAGAGCACAGGGGCUUGGAUUUUGACAAAUGGGCUCCGCUUUGGCAUCACCAAGCACUUGGGCCAGGCAGUAAGAGAUCACUCCUUGGCCAGCACCUCCUCUAAAGUUCGAGUAGUCGCCAUUGGCAUUGCACCCUGGAACAUGAUCCACAACCGAGAGGCUCUUCUGGCUGCCAAGGUGGAUGAGCCUGCAGCGUACAAACCACAGGACCUGCCCCAUGGCUCAGUGUAUUCCCUGGACAGCCACCACUCUCACUUUGUGCUUGUGGAGGAGGAUCCCAAAAGACCAGGAGCCACCAGUGAAAUGAGGGUGAAGCUACUCAAGCACAUUUCCCUUCAGCGCACAGGUUAUGGAGGAGCAGGAAGUUUUGAGAUCCCUGUUCUGUGUCUCCUGGUCCAUGGGGAACCGAAAAUCCUGAAGAGAAUGUAUAAGGGGAUUGGAAACUUCACUCCGUGGCUGAUUCUGGCCGGCUCUGGGGGCGUGGCGGACAUCCUCGUCACACUGAUGGAGAGAGGCUGCUGGGAUGCAGACAGCGUUCAUGAGCUGCUGCUGGACACCUUUCCCAAUGCCCACCAUGGCUCAGACAUCAGUAACUGGGUCAAGCUGAUCCAGAAGAUACUUGAUCAUGGACACCUCCUCACCGUCCAUGACCCUGAACAGGAAACAUCUGAGCUGGAUACUGUCAUUCUCAAAGCUCUCGUCAAGGCGUGUAAAAGCCAAAGUCAGGAUGCUCAAGACUUCCUUGAUGAAUUGAAGCUGGCAGUGGCAUGGAACAGAGUGGACAUAGCCAAGAGUGACAUCUUUAAUGGAGAUGUGGAGUGGAAGGCAAGUGACCUUGAAGAAGUGAUGAUGGAUGCUCUCAUCAAUGACAAACCUGACUUUGUGCGCCUGUUUGUGGACAAUGGCGUGAACCUGGGCGAGUUCCUUACCUACGGUCGUCUACAGGAUCUUUACUGGUCCGUGUCAGAGAAGAGCCUCCUUCACAACCUGCUGCUUAAGAGGUUUGAGGAGAAGCAGAUCCUGCUCAGUGCAACCAGGACACCUGGCCCACCUGGUCACCACCUUCCUGAGCAGGCAAAACCUCGCUUCACGCUUUUCGAAGUUGCCAAAGUGCUGAAGGACUUUCUCCAUGACUCGUGUAAAGGCUUCUACCAAAAGAGUCCAACAGACAAGCCACCAAAGGGUCGACUGUUCCACAGCCAGAAGAACCUGCCUGAGAUGGAGGACCGCUGUGAGCAUCCUUGGCGGGAUCUUUUCCUCUGGGCCGUCCUUCAGAACCGACAGCAGAUGGCUAACUACUUUUGGGCCAUGGGCCCUGAGGCGGUUGCGGCAGCGCUGGCAGGUUGUAAGAUUCUGAAAGAGAUGGCACGCCUGGAAUCUGAGGCUGAGUCUGCACGCAGUAUGAAGGAGGCCAAGUAUGAGCAGUUUGCCCUUGAUGUCUUUAGCGAAUGUUACUCUAACAGUGAAGACAGGGCGUAUGCCUUGUUAGUGAGGAGAACUCACUGCUGGAGCAAAUCUACGGUUCUCAACUUGGCAACUGAGGCAGAUGCUAAAUCCUUCUUUGCCCACGAUGGAGUUCAGGCUCUCCUCACAAAGAUCUGGUGGGGUGCUAUGACAACAGACACAGGCAUCUCCAAACUUGUAGUGUCCUUUUUCUGUCCUCCACUCAUCUGGACCAACCUCAUAAAGUUCAGUGAUGAAGAACUGGAUAGUCGUGAAGGCAACAAGCAAUUCGCGGAGCUGGACAGUCUGGAAACAGAAAAGGCGUUACUGCUGACGGAUGAUGAUGACCCUUUGGACUCUUCGCCCAAAGACCCAGAAGGUCAGAGUUGUGCCACUGUCUGGUGGCGCUUCUUGCUCCGUCGCUGGCGUCGCUUCUGGAGCGCUCCAGUCACCGUGUUCCUUGGUAACGUCAUCAUGUACUUCGCCUUCCUCUGCCUCUUCACCUAUGUGCUCCUGUUAGACUUCCGCCAACCACCGCCUGCUGGCCCUGGAGCUCCAGAGAUAAUGCUCUACUUUUGGGUCUUUACCUUGGUGCUGGAGGAACUUCGGCAGAGUUUCUUCACCGAUGAAGAAAUGAACAUCCUGAAGAAGUUUAAACUUUAUGUAGAGGACAACUGGAACAAGUGUGACAUGGUGGCCAUCUCUCUCUUUGUUGUUGGGGUUUCAUGCAGAAUGGUGGAAGACACCUACGAGGCAGGACGGACGGUUCUAGCAAUAGAUUUCAUGGUAUUUACUCUACGUCUGAUCCACAUCUUUGCCAUCCAUAAGCAGCUGGGCCCGAAGAUCAUUAUCGUGGAAAGAAUGAUGAAGGAUGUUUUCUUCUUCCUCUUCUUCCUGAGUGUGUGGCUCAUUGCCUACGGAGUUGCCACCCAAGCUCUUCUCCAUCCCAAUGACCCAAGAAUUGACUGGGUGUUUCGCAGAGCCUUGUACCGCCCUUAUUUGCACAUUUUUGGCCAAAUCCCCUUAGAGGAAAUAGACGCUGCUCGGAUGCCUGAGAUGAACUGCACAGAUGACUCAGAGGAGAUCGUCAUGGGUCUACGGCCUCCAUGUCCCAACAUCUAUGCCAACUGGCUGGUUAUUCUGCUGCUAGUUAUCUUCCUUCUGGUCACUAAUGUCCUGCUGCUCAACCUCCUCAUAGCCAUGUUCAGCUACACCUUCCAGGUGGUUCAGGGAAAUACAGAUAUCUUCUGGAAGUUCCAGAGAUACAACCUGAUUGUAGAGUACUACAGCCGUCCAGCGCUGGCCCCACCCUUCAUCAUCAUCAGCCACCUCUCUCAGGUUUUCCUAAGUCUAGUCAAACGGCCAGAGCCCAAGCAGGAAUACCUUGAGAGGGAGCUGCCCUCGGGACUAGACCAGAGGCUCAUAACAUGGGAGACGGUGCAAAAGGAAAACUACCUGGCAAAACUGGAGCGCCAGCACUGGGAGAGCAGUGAGGAGAGACUCAAGAGCACCUCGUCAAAGGUUCAGAGCUUGCUGAAGAUUGUUGGUGGAUUCAAGGACCAAGAGAAAAGACUUACAUCUAUGGAAGCUCAGGUCAGAUACUGUGGAGAAGUGCUGUCCUGGAUGGCAGAAUGCUUUGCUAACAGCACACUAAAAUGUGGAAAAGACGCUCCAAAGGCACCAACAUCUCUGACAGUCAGUAAAGCGAGCACCGAUGCCGACACCUCUCAGAGCCAUCCAGAGAAAGAGACCAAACAAGAUCAAGGAGAACCCAAACCAAAGGACGAUGCCAAACCGGAUCAGUCAGGAUACGGAGUCAGCAAGAAGUUUCCUUACAUUGAUGAAUAGAGCAGACAGCUUAUGACACAGACACUGGUGGAAUUACCCAUCUUUUGGCCUUAAAUGUACACGAUUAUCAUUUUGACAGUAGGAUGUUCUUUUCUGAUCAGAGGUCUCCCAGUCUUUUUGAAAAAUAAUUACCCUUUUAUGCCAAAAGGUUACUUACAAAAGGAAGAAAUGAUCGAGUAAAGGCAAAACAGGGAGGCUGGUAAUGGGUCUGGAAAUAGUCCUAUUAGAACACAGCAACAUUGUUUUAAUGGAGAUUUAUCUAGGACUCUAUAGAUUUUUUGCUAAUUUUAUCAGGUUGCUACACUAAAAAGCAUUUUGACAAAAGUGACAUAAAAUAUAGUUUAAGGAACACCAGGAAUCUUUAAACAGUAGUGAAGUAUAUUCUUUAGAUGUAAAGCUGCUAUAGCAAAUUUGAAAAACAAAUUAGCUUAAAACAUUUUUUAUGCCUCUUAACGUUCUAACAUAAUUGAGCUAUAAAUAUAUUGUGGAGAUGAAGUGAAAAAAAAAAGAAUAAAGUGGUUCUCUCGCAUCCCUCUAGAAACCUCCACCAAUAACAUGUUUCAGACCAAAAGCCACUUGUACCAUCCGGUUGUCAGGCCCACCGAACCAUCUCACUUCCCUGGGUUCUUCAUUCCUUACACACUCGUGUAUUUAGCAACAGAACUCCACUAUCCAGCCAGCAUACAUGCAUAGGUGGGCCCCAUAUGGAUUAUAUAUGGGCACAUCGUAUGGGGCCCACCAGGGUUUGCCCGCAAAGACUCUAAACCCUCUGAAAACCCAUGUAGGGACCGUUAAAAUCAAUGUGGGCAAAGAUCUUUCUGAGCAAAACCCUGUGGGGCCACCAUGGAAACCAUGGAAAAAAUCCACAUGGGGCCCACCAAUAUGUGCUGGCUGGGUAGUGCGAGUUUCUCCGCUCAAUAAUAUCAGAGAAGGAGAAACAACUGGCUGCUACCACCUUUGGGCUUUCCGAUAAGGUCAUGGAAGGGGCUUUAUAAAUUAAAUCAAAAUGAAAUGACGGGACUGGUGGUUAGCACAAUGUCAUUUCCUCUGGCACUGUGGGUUUCCGGCCACGGCCGAUGCGACUCAAGGAUGAUUCCUAAGGGGAAGUGUGAGUAUUCUGUGAUCUAGCUUGUUCUGUAGAUUUGCUAUAGCAGCUUUAAACCAGCAAAACAAACAAACAAAGCAUUAAAUAUUGGUUGCAAUAUUAAUCUUCCAUGACUGACAUCAAUAAAAUUAAACGUUACAGAUGGGAAGAACCUAAAGUAAAUGUGCUCAACAGUUGCGUUCAGUAAAGGCCAACGUUGAGAUUAUUCACACGUUCCACGUGUCUACACAUGCCACAAACACACAUCUCCGUACACCCUCUUCCUCUCUUUAUGCACCGAAUCUCUUCAAAGCUGAUAGCGUUCCUGUCAUAAAUUUCUGCUGAUUGUGCCACACUGACUCUUUAAACAGCUACCUAAAAACCCGUGAAGCAGAAAACUCAGAAUGUGAACAGGUCAUUAAGGUUUGCAGUAAAAGAUGUGCACUGAAGUUUUAGUGUAAAUGAAGGAAUGUGACCUUAAAUGCAGUGAACGAAAUUGUUCCAUCUUCAGAAAACAUUUAAAAAAUGAACUUGUGAUGAAUGGAUGAACUAAUCGUACCUCAGGCAGGAAAGUUAUUACAAGGGUAAAAUUUGUUUUAUAAACCUUUGAUAGCCAGGGAGUUAAAAAAAAAAACAAGCAAAUAUAUUAAUUUAAUCAAAUGAACACAUGAAAGCUUGACUUUUUUAUGCAGCUUAACUUUUAAGUCCUUCAAGACUCAGUGGGUGAGUGUUGCAUUUAUUUUUCUUACUAAAGUCUGUAAUUACGAACAAUUUAAGUGUUUUGUGGCACCUUUUUGUUACCCAGCAGUUACGUUUUAUUGUUUGAUAUUAAACUUCAUGAUGCAAACUGUGGGUACAAUAAAACCAUUCUCACUCUUCCCA